CUUUUAACAUCCCGUCGGUCUACAUAUCUUGACACUUGAACCCUGGGGAGCAAAAGGCUAGUCGAGACACACUCAAGUCGAGAAGAAACAAGAUUGGGGACGACUUAUCGAAGUUGUUUCAUCCUUUUGUCCGAUUGUGAAGAGCAAUGAAAUUCCUCAGUCAUGGCAUAGCAAGGGUACGCGAUCAUCACCACGGCGUCUUGUCUUUAUAUUCACCUUUGAUUUCUCACGGUCUUGCCUUGUUUCCUCCUCCUUCUCCCCAUCAAUCUCGUCGUCCCAUCCACUCUUUUGUAUCUGUCCGAAAACAAAGACAAACUCACCGACCUUUUCGACAUCAAAAGAUUCUACAAGCUCAAUCCGCCCUUCAACAAAGUCUCUUCACCACCUUGUCGUCGUCGUCAACGAACUCGUCGUCUUUUUCCUUUUCCUCUCUGGGUGGGGUUUUCGGUGGUCUUCGCGACAUGUCCACCACCACCUCCCAACCACAACUCUCACCGGCCGAGCAGCGGGACGUUUCGUCAAUCUUGGACUUUUGGUUCUCCCAACCGCCCCUGAACUGGUUCGCCCAUCCCGACCCGGGAGCCUUUGACGCCACCAUCACGGAGAGGUUCGGCCACCUCUGCGAGCGGGCGCGCUCCAACGACCUCGGGGACGGUUGGUCCGAGACGCCCCGGGGGGCCCUCGCCUCCAUCAUCCUCCUGGACCAGUUCCCCCGCAACGUGUACCGGGGCACCCCCGACGCCCACUCCUCGGACCCCCUCGCCCUCGACCUCGCCACCAGGUCCGUCGCCCGGGAGUUUGACCGCCAGGUGGACCCCCUCCAGGCCAUCUUCUUCUACCUGCCGCUCGAACACGACGAGACCCUCGUCAGUCAAAUCGCCAGCGUCGCCUGUUACGAGGCCCUCAAGAGUCGAUGCGCGGAAACCCACCCCGACCACCCCGUGGACUUCCUCGACAGGAGCAUCGCAUUUGCCAAAUCUCACCGGGACGUCAUCGCCAGAUUCGGUCGGUUCCCGAGUCGGAACAAGGUCCUGGGGAGGCAGAGUACGGACGAGGAAAUUCGAUUUCUAGAGGAAAAUCCUUCUGGAUUCUACUGAAGAGCCUUUUUUUUAAUUAGGAACAAAAAAGGGACUCGGUGGACUACUUGAUAUUAAACAUGGUGGCAAAACCUGUUAAUUGUCAAUGUGUCAAUAUGUGACAGCAUACAUUAAAAUUAGAUAUAUAUACAGCCGCCAAAAAGGACAAACAAUUGCUCUUCUGA